AUGUCUCACACCGAGCUCAGCAGCAAGGAGGACUUCGACAAGGCCAUCAAGACCGAAGGCCAGUACGUCUUCAUCCUAGCGUACGAGAACGAGGCUCCGCCGAACGCAGAUGAGUAUGCCAAGAAGUUCGAGGGCAAGGUUGCGAGCUACAAGUUCGAUGUGACGAAGGCUCCAAGGGCGAAGGACGCCCAUGGCAUCACCGCCACACCUUGCGCACUCAUCUUCAAGGAUGGUCAGCUGGUCAAGAAGGUUCCAGGCAUGGCCCCGGCAGAGAUGAAGGAGGUCGGCCAAAUGCUGCUGUCUUCGUAA